GCGAAGCUGGUCGUUCGGACUCGGAUAAUUAAGUGGACCGAGAGGAUUGUAAACGGUGCUAGCGUGGGCUCGCGCAUGCAUGUGUUUGUUGUGGGUGGACGUAGGCACGAAUGAGUUUAAUGUUAAUUUAAUUCUUAACAAUGAGGAUUGCUGUGGAAGGUUGUGCGCACGGUGAAUUGGAACUUAUUUAUGACGCCAUCGCCGAGGCUGAGAGAUUUGAUGGGAGAAAAGUUGAUUUACUCCUUUGUUGUGGCGACUUUCAAGCCACGAGAAAUAGCAAGGACCUGACUUGCAUGGCUGUGCCAAACAAGUAUAAAGAUAUCGGUACAUUUUACAAAUAUUAUUCCGGAGAAAAAGUAGCCCCGAUACUUACAAUUUUUAUAGGUGGAAAUCACGAAGCAUCGAAUUAUCUUCAAGAAUUGGCUUACGGUGGCUGGGUUGCACCAAAUAUUUAUUACUUGGGUUAUGCAGGCGUCGUCACAGUUGGUGGUUUACGAAUAGCAGGUCUUUCUGGAAUAUAUAAAAGUCACGACUAUAUGCGAGGUCACCACGAAUAUCCACCUUACAACGACAGAACGAUACGUAGUGCUUAUCACAUUAGAAAUUUAGAAAUAUUUAGAUUAAAACAACUUAGCGGUAGAAUAGAUAUGUUUAUGACACACGACUGGCCUUUAGGAAUAACUGAUUUUGGCAAUGUAAAAGCGCUACUUAGGAAAAAGUCUUUUCUAAAGAGAGAUAUCGAUAAUAAUGUUCUCGGUAGUCCGCCAGGAAUGGAAUUAUUAAAGCUACAUUAUCCAUCGCAUUGGUUCGCUGCGCAUUUACAUUGUAAAUUUGAAGCUAAAGUAACCAAGAUAAAUGAUACAAAACACACAAAAUUUUUAGCAUUGGACAAAUGCUUACCGAGGAGAAACUUUUUAGAAAUAAUUGAUGUCGAACACGAUAAAAGCAUUCCGAUUGAACUUUGCUACGAUUUGGAAUGGCUUACAAUUUUAUUUUUAACAAAUCAUUUAUUGAGUAUUAAAACGACAAUGUGCUAUAUGCCUGGACCAGUUCAACAAGGAAGAUGGGUUUUCGCUCCGACCGAGGAGGAGAAAAACAGAAUACAUAAUAAAUUUAGUUAUAAUUUAACUAUACCAUUAAAUUUCAAAGAAUCCGUCGAACCAUACAAUCCUGAAAUGGGAAAUAGACACGUCAGUCAACCUAAUUUAGUACUAAACGAACAAACUACGGAAUUUUGUAAUAAACUUGCAAUAGACGAUCCUUUUGCAUUAUUGAAACUUGCAAAUGGUAUCGCCGACGAAAGCGAAUUAAACUGCAGUAGUGUCUCAUUUUUAACGAGUACACCAUCGAAACAGUCGUUUUCCCAUACCGAUUUGUCGUGCUCUACCGAAGAUGACGAAGCCGUAAAUUUUAUAAUAGAUACAUCUCCGAGUUAUACAUUGCGUCCAAUAAAAUCAUUGAAGCUACCUGCCGCUAAAAACGACAGUACAAUGUCUAUAAGCGAUUCGUUUAAUUCUGACAUAGAAAUUAAAACUGAUGCUUCGAAAAGUUCUAGUAGCGUAGAAAUCAAGGGCGAUCAUACAGCUGUAGAUGUUGAAGUUACAGUUGAGCCUAAUUGUAAAAAAUUGAAACGAAGGAAUCAAUCGAUUUAUACGGAUGCAGAAUGUAUUACGUAGCGAUAUUUUUCGCUAUAAAAAAUUGUAUCGAAUAUGAUUUUUUUAUUGUAAACUUUGCAAAUGCAAA